AUGACCGAGAUCAAGACAGCCACUCAGAACAAGCUUGCGAUGUCCCGCGCACUGGGCGCAGCAUUCCUCAACCAUCAAGUCGAGCAACUCGAGCGGACCGUCAACAACACUGGCCCUACCGGCGGAAACUGGCGUGAUAGAAAGCUGUCUCCUUCGCGGCAAGCUGACUUUGUUCCUCGCGGCGCCAGUGGCAAGCGCCCGCCCUUCAACCCUGCUGCAGGCAAGCCACCGCGCCGCAAGGGGGGUGAGGCGCCCGAACGCAACGCGCAAGACACCGGAAUAAAGGCCGGGAGACGGUCUCCGGAGAACGCGAAGAAAGAGAAGAUCGCAGAUGUUAUCGUGAUAGACGCCAGCGUCCUUAUCCACUGCAUUGGACAGGUCAAGGUGUGGUGCCGCGAGGGCAGAGAGGAGGUUCUGAUAAUCCCUUUGGAAGCCCUCAAUACCCUUGACCUCCUGAAGAAAGGCACGAGCGCCCUCGCUCAACGCGCCCGAACCGCAUCUCGCAUCCUCGAAGCUCAAGUAGGUACCAAUAACCGUGUUCGCGUACAAAGCGACGACGCCUUCGUUCCGUGGGACAACAUUUCCUUCGCCGAAGACGGAGCGGCCGUCGCUCAUUCCCCCGAGUGGGUGCGCCGGACCAUCUGCUGUGCUAGAUGGGAGGUCGACAACGAGAAGAAGAUCGAGGGAGGAAAAACUGAAAGGGCCAAAGUCGUCCUCGCCAUUCUUAGUCAGGCCGCGCCUCCGCCGAAUCUGCACUCCCCAAAACCAUCUGAUGGCGCCGCCGAAACCGCGUCCCCGGUGCCGCUCCCUGUUCCCCAGGUGCAUGCCAACAAACACGAGCCCCGAUCCUCUGGCGCAUUGGUUACAGCAUGGGCUCGUCGCGCUGGCAUCGAAUUACUAGAGCUGCGACCUUUGCCGGCUCAGGAGGACGAGGAUCGGGCCAAUGGACGCCGUGGCCCAACGGGCCAGUACGGCCGUCCUCCCCGUCGCGGCGGUCCCGGAGACAACGAACACCGCCGUCCAUCUGUGUCUAACGGUUCGGGUGGUGGCGGUGGGAACAAACCAAAUGUGGGCCUUGUUGAGCGCCCACCCGCUGUCAAGGCCAUGAUGGACAUUGUCGCCCAACCAAGCAAGGUCGUUAGGGUCCUUGCCCGUGGCGAGAAGCUCGACCCUGAUACAUAAGCUUCCGGUAUGGCCAGCAAGUCAAACUUCCGGCAAGUACUACGCUCUUGCCAUGACCUAUCACCAUUGAGUUGGCGCCGUAGAUGCCACUCGAUGGACUGCGACGGACUCGCUCAAGGGUCGCUUGCUGUCGAAGAGCUGGUGUACCGGCCUCUCCUUGGUGGCGUCUUGUCUAACAGAUUGCCAUCGUCGUGGAUUGUGUGGCACGUCUCGGUCUGUCCUCUCGCCUCGGACUAGAAGACAUUAGGCUUGAACAGUCCAGUCUCUCGGCUCUCAUCCGUUCAGACGUGUACGAAGAUCGAAGCCUUCUCCCCUGUACGGCUGUUGAAGCAUGACGCCUCUCAUGAUAGCGCAUCACGCGGAAGCUCCAUUGCUAUCCCAAUUCCUCGUGCAUGGUGUAUGCACCAACGCGCACCUCCUGGAUACAAAGCUUUAUCUUUACAUAUGCAAAACCUUAUUCUCCUGUCCUCCCCUCUUGAUUAUGCCUGUUACGUAUGUCAUUGAUGAAAUCAUAUAGACUACUCCCCC